UUUUUUAAUGUGUGAAAAACGCAUGCCCCCGUUCUUUUGCACUGGUCUUUUCCAUCAUGACUUUCACAGGGAUAUAUGAGCUGGAGACUCAAGAAAACUAUGUGGAAUUUCUAGAAGCGAUCGAUCUCCUCAAAGCAAAGACAGAUGGUAAGGUGAUCACAGAGAUCCAACAGGACGGAAACAACUUUACCUGGACUCAAAAGAGCACCAACCACACCUGGCCUAACACCUUCACCGUGGGACAAGAGUGCGAGCUGGCCACGAUGACCGGGGUCAAGUUUAAGGCCCCGGUCAUAAUGGAGAACGGCCAACUUAAAAUACAGUUCCCUAUGUACCAUUUAACAGCUGAGAUGGUGGACGACAAACUGGUCCUAAUAUGUGCAACUCCAGGAGAGAAGGGCGUGACGUUGAAACGAGUGUUCCGGAGACUCUGAGACUGCAUGAGCCAACAUGUCCUGGAAAAAGAGGCAUAAUAUCAAGCCUGUUUUCUGUUUGUGAGUUUUGUUAAUAAAAAACUAAAUCCAAAGAAAA